GGGGCUAUCUCUCUCUUUCGAUCUCUCAUCCUAAUAACACAAAUGUGUGUUUUUAGGAUUCCUAGAUUGAUAUAUAGGUAGUGUUAGUUUUGAUGUGUUUUGGGUGGUUUGUUGGGUAGUUUUGUUGGUUGGUUAAGCCUUUACCAUCCAAACAUCCAAUCCCAUACAAGUUAUAACCAUCCAUCGCCCACAAUUUUCUCUCUUCAUAUUUUGUGCCUCUUCUUUGAUACACUAGCUCUCUUGGAACUAAAAUUAAAAAAAAUGGCACAAUUGCCACCCAAAAUACCUCCCAUUACCCAAAAUUUGCCUCACCAAAGAACCUUCAAUUCCUCCGCCACCACCGCCGCCGAUGCCCUUCCAACCUCAUGGGUGGACCAAUUCCUCGACUUCUCCUCCGCGAGGCGUGGGGCCCACCGCCGCUCAGCCAGCGACUCCAUCGCCUUCUUUGAAGUGGAUGAAGAAGGGGAAACUUACCACCACCACAACAUUAACAGUUCCAACUCCAUGAAUCUUGGAGCUGCCUUCGACCGCCUCGACGACCAGCAAUUGCUGUCUAUGUUCUCCGAUGAUGUGGCGGCGACCGUGCCACCAGCCACAUUGUCCUCCUCGUCGCCUGUUUCGUCCACACCGUCCGAUCAAAAUAGCAACAACGACGACAAAGCAAUGUCGUUAGAUCAUCAACAACAACAACAGCAGCAUGAACAGCGGCCUAAGACUGAACCAGGAGAGGAGGAGAGCUCCUGCAAUAUUGAAUCACAGCAGGCACCUGCAGUCCACAUUGCUGAUCCUAAGAGGGUUAGAAGAAUUUUAGCGAACCGGCAGUCUGCACAGAGAUCAAGAGUGAGGAAGUUACAAUACAUUUCAGAGCUUGAACGUAGCGUAACAACAUUACAGAGUGAAGUAUCUGCAUUGUCCCCAAGAGUUGCAUUCUUUGAUCAUCAAAGGUUAAUACUUAAUGUUGAUAAUAGUGCUUUGAAGCAAAGGAUUGCUGCUCUGGCUCAAGACAAGCUUUUCAAGGAUGCUCAUCAAGAGGCAUUGAAGAGGGAAAUUGAGAGACUAAGGCAAGUCUAUCACCAACAAAACCUCAAUAAUAAGAAGAUUAACAACAACAACAAUGCAUCCUCAUCACCAAAUUCCAACAACAUGGGCUGUACGGACAAGGAUCAUCAAGUGCUCAUCACUUCUCAACUCAGAUAAUUAAUUCAAGAAAGAAAGUGAGCAUUCAUGUGUGGUGCAUCUUCCUCUUCAUCUUCUGCUAAAAACCUUAAUUGGGUUUCACGUGCUGUGGUGCCACUGUCCAUAUCUUAUGGGUCCUCUGUGAAAAAAGCUUGUGAUAGAUACAAGACCUUCAAUGGUAGGACAACAAGGGCACGUGGACUUCUCUGAUAGGAUGGUGGUGAUAUGAUAUCAGUCAGUUUGUCUGUCUGUGUUUGUGGCUGUGGAUGUCUUUUUAGGGUAGGAGGAUUGAUAUGCUUGCUUUGCUUUUUCAAUUGAUUCUUUGUUUUUUCUCUCAAUUACUUUCUGGGAACAAAA